UUCAAUGCACAGCCUGAUCAGGAACUUUGUGCCCAAGGGGGACCCAAGGGAAUGGCCAUAUCUCAUGUUAGAUGGUCAGCCAAGGGGAAGAGCCCUUCCCGGGGCUGGUGGGACAACAGGAGGUUGGACAUGCUGCACACUAUAAGAGUUGAUGACAUCAAGUAAUGACGUGCCCAAGUGGGGAGUACUGCUAAAAAAAAUAAGUCAGACAGCUGGAUUGGGGAGUAUUCCUUGGUUUUCCUCACGAUCCUUCAGUUUCUCUGUUGCUCCUCCUCUUAAGGGGAAAAUAAAAAGGAAACAGGCAUGACUGUUAACUCUACUUCAGCCCCAGAUAGAGCAUGCUGCCUUCCAUGGAGAUGGGCGAUUCAAAGAAUUUUGGAAAAAUCAAACUAUCCAGUCAUCUGAAACUAACUAUGCUCUCUGGAGGACGGCCACUAGGGAUGACCCAAUCCAUCCCUAGGAUCUGCUGGAACCGCCCUCUGCACACUAAGCGAAAGGAACACAUUCCAGAGCAGUGCCUCUAUUCUAGAAACCAUGUGAAACAAGAAUGUUCAACUCCAAAGCAACUUGCAAGGGGCAAAGGAUAGCAAAUUUCUUCUUAGCUUUCCAUCAGCCUGCAAUGGGUCCAAUAUAAAACCAACAAUAUUUGCACAAAGCAGCAACACUAUCAACGGGCUCAACGGAAACAUCAAACCAGAGACACAGCAUUUCAAGAAAACCCGACAGUGAUCUUCCUGCAUGGCUCACUUGGCAGGAGGCCGUGUGUCUGUGCUUAUCUUCCCCAGAAAGCCCCACAGGCAUAUUUAACAAAGCCCCACUCCCCCACAGUCCUGCUGAGUAGAUGACCCUCAGGGUUCCGAUAAGCGCACUCUUUCACAUUAAAGGAAGGGAUUUUAAACUAUUGUCCGCACUGCAACAACUGUCGCCUCAGGGAGCUGAAGAAGAAUGAGAAGGGCAGUUUUUCCCUGAGAAGACGAGGGAGGAAUACUUUGUGAGUUCUGUUCAAGGAUUUGGGAGUUCAAGAACAAACCGCUCCUCUUGUUCCCACAUUCCAGUGUCCAGAUGUUAUGCAGAGAUUGGAGACAGGGCAUUCAAGGUGACCUUGUGAGUGGUACUGAUCUAGAAGAAGACCUCCCCGCGGCAGUUAAGUCUCAGGACAGUGCUAAGGCCAGCAGAGGGAUCCAAGGCUGGAGAGUACUCGUUGCCCUACUCGACUAAAAGAAAACCCCACCGAGCGGCAAGCAGGCACGGCAGUUCACGAGAACAUUCUCCAAGUGGAGAAUAACACUUGUGAAGCCUAACAGCAGGGCAUUACUCGCCAACUGGAACUUCAGACCUCAAAGUAUAAACAGUGGGGGAACUUUCAGAUCCCCAGAACACUGUGUGGUCUUUCUCUCCCUGCCUCCGAUCAUCACCGCCCACGCAUGGCAUCAAACCCCCGGCCCAGGAAGACGUGAGAGGCCCGCAACAACUGUGCGCCCUGAGGUCUGCCAAGGAAACAUCAUACACAUUCACAUGUAUGUACAGAUGGACGUGGAAUUUACAGAUUGAUCCUCGCAACAAUACGAUAUUUCUACUUCUUAAAAUCAAUCAAUAUCAACAGAUACGAUAUUUCUACUUCUUAAAAAGAUCAAGUUGAAGCACGGAAAGGCCAAGUGACUUUCCUGACAUCACCGAACGAGGACUGGAUUUCAAAUCCAGGCCAUCUGAUCUUUGCCUGACCGCGUCCCUUAAUGAGAAGGAGGGUUCCUCUGCAACAGGGAUGAUGAAGUCCGGAAGCUCGUCUGGUGUAGAGAUGGAAUCACUCAUAGCAAGCAGCGGCCUGUGUCAAGCAAGGGCAGUGAGCUAAGACCAGCACCGGCCGAAGAUGCAUUCAAACUGAUAACCAGCAGAAACAAGAGAUCUGCAAAGGCCCAAGACUGAGUAAACCCCUUUAAACACCCCCUCUUUUUUUUUUUUUUUUUUUUUUUUUGCAGCAGACUGUUGACUCCUCAGACACUGACCGGUCAAAGCCUGACCACUUCAAAAAGGCAGCUGCUGCCGAAGCUUCUGCCCAGUGGAUCUCAGAACAGAACCGAGAUCCUUCACAGCCUGAACGUCAGAAGCAGGCAAUGCGGAGAGCUGACCCGGACCAGACAGGGUCUUACCUCAAUGGGGUUUGGGCUGACUUCGCAUUUGUUUCCUUAACUACCCACUCCUUUCUCUGGCUUGUCGUGUGUGUGACUUGGAAGAAGUCAAAUUAGACACACAGUAAAAUGCGGCUGAGUUUAGAAUCCUGAACCUACUUUAUCAUUAUGUUCACCUUGCUUUAUGACUGAGUAGAGCUGACAUUGUGGAAAGACACAGCUCUGCAUGUGCGCCUUUGUAGCACGCUCGCGACAGCUGGCCAGGGCGGGAGCAGGCCAAACGGGUUUUCUGAGGAACAGCACUUUGAAUAUAACUGCAAAUAAUCUCCAUAGUGAAGAAGACAGAAAGACGGAAAAACGGCAAGGCUGCACAUCCAACCCUCCAGAGAAGCCAGGUUUUAACAAGGCCAGGGCACAUACUAGGGUGGACGGGGGAGGGGGGCGGGGGGAGACAGAGUCCCUUCCUUCUCCAGCCAGUCAAUGUCUGCCCAGCCCUUUGUGGUCCUGGCUGGUGGAGGGCAGAUUCUGUUGCUAUUCCUCGAGGUCCACCACCUUGUUUGGAUGUGCAUGGUCCCAGCAUUGUCAGGCAGUUCACAUCCCGUGUACCCUCUUUUCUGAAUAUCCAGCUGGGCAGGGAAGCUCAGCCCAACACACAAAUGGGACAUGUCUGGACAUGCCAGGUAAAGAUUCAGAUUCCGAGACAAAGGAGAGUCCUUGUCCUUUACUACGGAUCUUGAACAUUCUCAGAGCCACUAAUAAAGAUGGCUUUGGAGUCCCUUCUGCCAUUGUUCCUCAGCACACAGAGCCUCCAGAGCCUGGUCAGAGGGAUCGAUUCCAGCCUGUGAGUGAGGAAUAGAAAUGUGUACAAUGAACACAUCUUCAAGGGCCCUCAUUGUCCUGGGAAGAGAACAAGAGAAAAGAAAGUCAAAUGCAUUCUUUCCUAGCUGGAGACACUGGCCAGUACUGGGGCAAUGGGGAGGGUCUGUACUGACGUACUGGGGAGAUGGGGAUGGUCUCUACUGGGGAAACCCUCAAACUUGGGCAUGAAAGGGGGUAAGCCUUUGCAAGGCAUAACUGAGGGUGUGGGUUGGGGGGGGGAUCAAGCAGAAAAUAAUAAUCACCUUAAAAUGAUAUAAAAACAGCUCCCAGUUCCAAGGGACCAGAAGCUGAUUCCAUGAAACCAGAAGGAAUGUUCUGCCCAGGUGCGCAUUUGUCGGUGGUGGAACUACAAGAAAGAAAGUCUCAGAGGUGAAUACCGGGGAGGCCCAUCGAGGUAUGCCUAGGAACAGAGGAUCUGGGCAGUGGGCUUCCAGUGUGUUUCUCUCCCUGGGAAGACGGAGGCCAUGAGCAUCCCAUUGCCCUGUUUCCCUCAGUUCUACUCUGUGUUCACUGGCCCGCCUCUGAGGAGGAGUUUGCUCCCACGCCAGGGAGGCGCUUAGCGAGAUAUGUGCCUGUGGGGGUUGGAAGCUGGUUUUAGUCCUCAGAGCAGAGCAGCGCAUGUAGAGGCAGGGAGGAGGGAUUGUGAAAAAUGAUGAGUGGAAAAAGCCUCACAGGGGCUUCCAGUCAUGGAGAAGGGAGUGCUGUCCCUGCUCCUCAACACCUAGGGCCUCCUUGAGCCAUCAAGCAAACACCCUCCAUGUCACCAGGCAAUGCCUUAGUGAGUCAUAAGCGUUUUAAAGAAGUACAUUGCCAGGGACACCCUGGUGGCUCUGUGGGUGGAGCGUCUUGCUCAGGACAUGAUCUUGGGGUCCUAGGAUUGAGUCCAGCCUUGAACUCUGCUCAG